CACAGUCCCGGAAGCAGCCGGGGGAAGCUGCUCCGCGCGCGCAGCCGGAGGAAGCGCCUCCGGGUCCGGUCCGCUCCGCUCCGGGUCCGGCUGGGCCAUGGAGUCCAUGUCUGAGCUCGCGCCCCGCUGCCUCCUGCUUCCCUUGCUGCUGCUGCCGCUGCUGCUCCUUCCUGCCCCGAAGCUGGGCCCGAGCCCCGCCGGGGCGGAGGAGACCGACUGGGUGCGAUUGCCCAGCAAAUGCGAAGUGUGCAAGUAUGUUGCUGUGGAGCUGAAGUCGGCUUUUGAGGAAACGGGAAAGACCAAGGAAGUGAUUGGCACAGGCUACGGCAUCCUGGACCGGAAAGCCUCUGGAGUCAAGUACACCAAAUCGGACUUACGGUUAAUUGAAGUCACUGAGACCAUUUGCAAGAGGCUUCUGGACUACAGCCUGCACAAGGAGAGGACGGGCAGCAACCGGUUUGCCAAGGGUAUGUCAGAGACCUUUGAGACGCUGCACAACCUAGUCCACAAAGGCGUCAAGGUGGUGAUGGAUAUCCCCUAUGAGCUGUGGAACGAGACCUCGGCCGAGGUGGCUGACCUCAAGAAGCAGUGUGACGUGCUGGUGGAAGAGUUUGAAGAGGUGAUUGAGGACUGGUACAGGAACCACCAGGAGGAAGACCUGACUGAAUUCCUCUGUGCCAACCACGUGCUGAAGGGCAAGGACACCAGUUGCCUGGCAGAGCGGUGGUCUGGCAAGAAGGGGGACAUAGCCUCUCUGGGAGGGAAGAAAUCCAAAAAGAAGCGCAGCAGGGUCAAGGGCGGCGGAGGCGGCGGCAGCAAGCAGAGGAAGGAACUGGGGAGCCUGGAGGAGGAUGCCAGCCCUGAGGAGGACGAGGGUGUGCAGAAGGCGUCCCCCCUCCCCCACAGCCCCCCUGACGAGCUGUGAGCCCCACUUAGUCUCCUUGAAUCAAGACCUCUGAUAGCAGAGCUGGAGGCCUUGGGACGCCCGCAGCUCCAGCAGGGGCGCUGCCAUCCAGCGUCAGGUCUCCCUUGGCUGGGCCCUCUUCCUUCCCUUGAACCACAGCAAGACGUGGAAGGAUCUGGGCUGCUGGGAGACCCCACCCCAAAGGGAGGAGGAGCAGCAGCAGAAGGCAGCUCUCUUUCUAUACAGUCCCCUCACCAGCUCUGGGUCCUACCCUGCAUCCCCAAGCUGAGACUCCUGACCUUGAAGCUGAAGAGCUUGGGGCACAUACGAUGCUCGCCAGCGCCCCCUUCCCCCGGGAGGACUGCGUGCAGCCUCAGCUGCCCGGCCUGCCCCUUCCCUCAACCACGCGUUCUCUUCUGCUGGUCCUUGUCUGCCAUGAGUUUCAGAACUUCCAGGAUGAACUCAGGAGGUGUGGCACAAAGGGGCUGGGCACGAGAGCUAGAGCCACGCCAGAGGCUGCGGAGUGGGCAGCUGACCUGACCCCACUGGGCAGCAGAACUGCAGCCCCCGUGCCCACCCGCUCCUGGGGACGCGUGCUCUGCCCGGCCCUUCUCCCAGGCUACCAGGGCAAACACCUUUUGGCCUUUCGGGUUGGUUCCUGGGUCCUCUUCAGCCUCCAGAGCGCCCCCUCAUCGAUCUUUUCUGCCUGGGGGCUGGAAGGCUGUCUCUGUCAUUGGAGGCUGAACCUGCCAGUUACUAGGAGGGGCAAGUGCUGGGGGCGCCCCGGGUCGGAUUGGGGUCAAUCACUCACUGGUUCUCAACCUUCUAAUACUGCAGCCCUUAAUAUUCCCGUUGUGGUGAACCCCCACCCCCACCAUAAAAUUAUUUUCGUUGCUGUUUCAUAACUGUAA